AUGAUAAAUUCUAGGCCAAUCACGCCGCCCUUAAAUGGGGGUGGGGGGAAGAACUAUUUUUCAGAUCGCAUUGAACGAUUCAAGCGCGAGGAUAUGACCGACUGGAGUAGUGCGUUCACUUUAUUAGACACGAUGGAAACAUUUUUCGAUUCACAUGUGGAUCUUUUGCAGCGUAAACUCCAACGACACUCGGACAGACUCAAGAUGAAGGCAGAAGAAGCACUCAAAAUGCGCGACUUCUCGGCUGCCGGAGACCAAUUAGCGGAGAAUUUUGAGAAGGAGGUAAAAAGUUUCAAAUUGAAGGUGUCCUCACGGAUGACCAAGCUUGCGAGCUCAUGGCAAUCAGCAAAGGUUGUCCGAACGCGCGAGAAGAUUUCCUUUUUCUUCGGUGUUAUGUCUCUGUUAUUUUCUGCGUUAAUGUUUGGGCUAGCUCCUCAAUGGGUGCACAUAGCGUAUACAGUACAAGGACUUUAUCUCCUGCCUCUUCGUGCCUACAUCUACAAAAAACGCGCCUGGCAUUACUUCCUUUUCGAUCUCUGCUAUUAUGUCACGAUAUUGAACUUCAUAUAUAUCUGGUUCUUCCCUGGAUCACCUGCGCUGCUCGUCGCCUGCUACUGUUUAAGCCACGGUAGCCUUGCGAGUGCGGUCAUUACUUGGAGAAACAGUCUCGUGUUUCACGACCAAGAUAAGGUCACCAGCCUUUUCGUGCAUAUUUAUGGCCCAUUCUCCUUUACGGUGAUAAGACAUUUCUAUCCCAACGCCGACGAACGAUUCCCUGCUCUCCGAGAGCUGCCCCACCUGAACCCCUUACAUGCCCUCUUGCUUAGUGGAGGAAUAUACGUACUAUGGCAGCUUCUUUAUUGGAAGUUUGUCCUCGUCGAUCGCCGGGAGAAGAUUGAAUCCGGGCAACGAACGACGUCCAUGUCUUGGAUGUUGAAUAACAAACGAGGCGUCAUUGGAAAGGCACUGUGCAGUAUACCACCAAAUACCCGUAUUCCAGCUUUCAUGUUUGGUCAACUAAUUUACAGCAUUGUGACGGAAUUGCCGGCUGUUUUCCUGCUUUACGACUCUCCGUUCUGGAGUGGGGCUUUCCUCAUAUUCAUAUUUUCCGUUAGUGUUUGGAAUGGCGGUGGAUUUUACAUUGAAGUGUUCGGUCGCAAGUUCGAGCGUGAACUCGAGGCUCUGCGUAAGGAACUCGCUGAAAGUGCCCAAGCACGGUCAGGUCGUUCGAGCCCAACCGAUGAAUCCUCCUUAUCUUUGUCCCGCUAUACCAGCGAAGACAACUUGACGUCUUUCAGUCCUGGCAGCUCCUAUUCUUCCAAUUCCUCCCCGACGCUUGACACUCACCCUCUGCCACACAUUGAAGUAGCUUCGGAACCGAACUUCGAUGGUCUUCAGAUGAAAGCCAAGAAGGAGUAA